AUGGAUCUUCCAUCAGCAAGCUUCUCUUUUUUCCUCCCAUCUAUUUACGAUGGCAACAAGCUCGAAUGCCGCGUUUAUCUCCCGCUCGCGCUCCAAAAUAUAGAAUCAGCAACAAUCUGGCUCAACCGUGGUGCCAUUGUCGCGCAUCCAUACGCAACCCUGGGAGGAUGCUACGAUGAUCCAGUGGUCAGUGUCAUCGGUAGUGAGCUCCUACAAGCUGGCUGUGUCGUGGGGACCUUUAACUUUCGGUAUAAUCAUCCAUUGCUAACACCUGGGCACUCUGCUAUGACCAAAUUGCUAAUGAAGAGACAAUAUAGCGGAGCUGGUGACUCUGAAGGACGAACAAGCUGGACUGCAAAGCCUGAACUCGGUGAUUAUGUGUCGUUCUACGGAUUCAUGUUGCAAUAUCUGCACUUCCUGAAACUUGCAUUGGCCCCGGAGGACCAGGGAGACUCAAACCUUCGCAAACCCACCGGGGAAGAACCAAGCAGCCCAGAUAUACGUCUCAUCCUUGGUGGCUAUUCAUAUGGGUCUUUGAUUGCCUCACAUGUACCGACUCUCGAUACUAUGCUUGACCUCUUCCAAUCCGCGCCAAUGACAACCUCUGCAAAUGAAGAAACACCUAUACAUGAGAUUAGGAGCACAGCAAAACAUUUAGCCGGAUUAUCCCUAGAGCGACUUCAAAGAAGUCACUGUCUGGCUGAUGCCCCAGAUCUUCAUGCAUUGAUGACAUCCAUCUCCUAUCUUCUUGUGUCUCCGCUAUUACCUCCGAUUAGCCAAUUCCUAACUGUAUUCUCGACGUUAUCCCUGAAUUUGAAAACAGAGACCCCCAAAGGCCCCCACAUUCCCUGCCCACGCCCAGCAGACCAACAGAGCACACACCACACCCUGGCGCUCUUUGGGGACCAGGAUACCUUCACAUCUGCUGGGAAACUGCGGAGGUGGGCAGACGAGAUGGUGCACAUACCACACAGUCAGUUUCAGUCUAGGAUGAUAGAUGGUGCGGGCCACUUUUGGCGCGAGAAUGGGGUCGAGAUGCGGGCAAGACAUGCGCUGAGGGAGUGGCUCUGUCAGAUAUGA